AUGUACUCCCAAAGCGGAAAACAAGGCUGCUUUGUAUAUGUAUCCACGCAAAGCUACUUUGAAAUUUCUAAUUCUGAUUUUACAGACGGCACUGCUUCUGGCUCUGGUGGGGCUAUUUUUUCGAUUUCUAGCACAAUUAAUAUCAAGAACUGCCAGUUCAUGAAUAUUUAUGCCAAUUCAGAAGGUGCCAUUUUGGCGUACUCUGACUCUAUCCUUAACAUUCAAGGGUCAAACGUCUGAAACACUAGUUCUGACAUUUCAGGAGGCAUUGUAGGCGCCUCUCACUCCCCCCUUUAAAUUGGAACAAAAAAUUUUGUUCCAAUUUAAAGGGGGGUUAAGAAAAUUUGUUUUUAAAAAUAAAAACUCGAAUUAGAUUAAUAAAUUUGUUUAAUAAAAUGCUAUUUACUCUUUAUCCUUUAAAACAAAGCAAGAUAUGACUAAAUUUUUUAUUAUUAAUUAAUACGACACUAUUAAUUGGUAUCAAAACUAUUUGCACAAAAAUUAUUAUUUUUAUUUAUAAAAAAAAAAAAUUAGAAAAUUUAUCGAUCAAAGUGCUAAUUUUGUUUAAAUAAGAUGCUAUUUAUACUCCAUUCUUUAAAAUAAAGCAAGAAAUAAGUAAAUUUUUGAUUUUUCUAAAUAAUUCGCAUUGAAUUUAUAACAAAAUUAUUUAAAUAAAAAAUAUCAUUUUUAUCAAAAAUUAAUUGUUUUUUAAAAUUUAGCAAUUAAGGAUAAUAAAUUUAUUUAAAUAAAAUGUUCUUUAUACUCUAUUCUUUAAAUAAGAGCAAAAUAUAACUAAAUUUUUAUUUUAGUUAAGAAGAAACUUUUAACUUAUAUCAAAACUUUUUACAUAAAAAUUAUAUAAAAUUUUUUUAUUAUAACAUUAAAUUUUUUUUCCAAUUUAAAGGGGUUUAAAUUUACCAAAUACGUGGAAAUUUUACCUAUAUUUUGCUCCAAUUUAAAGGGGGGGAGUCAGAGCUCAAUUUUAAUCCAAAGUUCAAAUUUCGACAUGUUUUCUCAUUCAGGGAUGUAUGGAGAAAAACUGCACAGUCUGUCUAUUUAUGACUCUCGCUUUGAUGACGGCCUUGGAGUAUAUGGAGGGUCUAUUUACUGCUCAAUGUGCAGCCAAGUCACUAUCAAAAACAGUGAAUUUUCUAACUGUAAUGCUACUAUUGGUGGAGCUGUAUAUUUAAUUACACAGUCAGAUUUAUUAAUCUAA